AUGGCCGACAACGUGGGCCUCACUACCCCAAGAGGAAGUGGCACCUCUGGCUACGUGCAGAAAAACCGGUCGCUCCUCAGACCACGCGACAAGAUGCAGCCAUAUCCAAAGGAAUGGGACCAGGCCAAGCACCGCCCCAGACAGCCAGACGCCGAGAUCCUCGAGCACGAAGCGAAGCGCGAAAUCGAAGUCAAGGUCCUGGAGCUGCGCGACAAGCUCGAGGAAGAGGGCGUCGACGAGGAUGAAAUCGACGACCAGUGUGAGGGGCUGCGUCGCAAGCUGGACCAGGAACGCAAAGACGGCAAAGACAUGGGCCCCAACGCAAAACGGCUCAAAUCGCAUCAGGUACACGACCUGGCCAAAGCCAAGAUGGAAGAGAGCGAGAGGCUGCGCAAAGCGCUGGGCAUCAGUGAAGACUACGAGGAAGGCAGCCACUGGAGGAAACAAGAGGAGAGAAUGCGCGAGAGUCUUGCCAAGAGAGAGGCUGAAGAUGAAGAGAAGCUGGACAAGGCCAAGGAGGCCCGGCGCUACCAGGAACAUGAUUCGGAAUAAGGCCUUUGCCGCUUCGUUUUUCACCAAAGCACGCGUAUAUCUGCGGCAUGCGAGAUGCAUUGGCGCCGGACUUCAAGUCUUGAUCUAGCGGCUGUGGCUGCUGUCUGGCCACAACCCAAACCCAGUAAUGCGCUAGUGUGGGAGGCCCAAAUAGAUGGUUGCAAGGGCCCACGAUGCCAAAUUCAUGUAAAGGCUGGGCACGAGCAGAAGACUGCCAGAAUAUCCACACGACAGUCGUCCUCCCCGCCCCUCGUUUGCCGCAUUCCGACCAGCCAACAUGUCUGUGGCGUUUGUCUGCUAAUUGUGCAUUGGUAUUCGUGGUGUCUAUGCGACGCCAUGUCAUACUCUAUAACUCGAAUCAGCUACCGCAUGUCGUUCUUCACUAUCAAGUCGACUGUUAUGGAUUGAAGGGGAC